UCAAAGAACAAUUCCUAUACAGUGAAGAUUAACAGAUUGUCUCGCUCUGGAUACGAAUCUUCCAAGUAAACAUUAUCGCUAAAAAGGAAAAAAAAAAUCAAAAUAUCCGAUCACAGCCGGCGUUUUGUGAGUCUGAAGGCAAAAUGGAGGGAAUACAGAAUCCUGUUGUACCUCGCAGUGUGGAAGAGGUGUUCAGCGACUUUAGGGGUCGAAGAGCUGCUCUCCUCAAGGCUCUCUCUACAGAUGUACGGAAGUUUUACCACGAGUGUGACCCUGACAAGGAAAACUUGUGUCUUUAUGGACUUCCAAAUGAGACAUGGGAGGUGAACCUUCCUGUCGACGAGGUCCCUCCGGAGCUUCCUGAACCAGCUCUAGGCAUUAACUUUGCAAGGGACGGAAUGCCUGAAAAAGACUGGAUUUCUUUGGUUGCUGUUCACAGUGACUCAUGGCUCAUCUCUGUUGCCUUCUACUUUGGCGCCCGUUUCAGGUUUGGGAAGAGUGAGAGGAAGAGGCUCUUCCAGAUGAUAAAUGAUCUCCCAACCAUUUUCGAGGUUAUAACUGACAACGCAAAGCAAUCCAAGGAUCAAUCUGCUAACCACAACAGUAGCAGAAGCAAGUCUAGUGGUGUCAAGCCUCGACAGUCUGAAUCUCAGACUAAGCCUUCAAAGAUGUCUCCACCACCAAGAGAAGAAGAUGAUGAGAAUGGAGAUGAUGAGGAAGAUGAUGAACAAGGUGCGGUUUGUGGUGCGUGUGGAGACAACCAUGAUGAUUUCUGGAUAUGUUGUGAUGCUUGUGAGAAAUGGUUCCAUGGCAAAUGCGUGAAGAUCACACCUGCAAAGGCUGAGCACAUCAAACAUUACAAAUGCCCUACUUGCACUACCAACAAGAAAAUCAAAGCUUGAAGGGUUAUAAUAGCUAGUGGACAAAAGGCUUUUCAUUGUGUAAUCUUAAUGGGAUUGAGUCAGCUUUACAGUUAGUUAUGUCCAAAUGCUAUAAACUAAUUUGUCUUUAUGUUUCUGCGAAAACUGUCUUUAAGCUU